GUAAUUUAUAACUGUCAAAUCAAAUCUAUGUAGCUGUCUAACUCAAAUGGCUGUUGAGGACUCUUUAAUAAUCACAUUUGAGGCACAUGUCAGUAGGUGGCAGUGUCUUCAAAUGCAGUGGGUGAUGAUAUGUGCAACUUUGAGGUUGUGAUCAUUUAAAUGCGGAAGUCCAGUACAUUUGUUUUGGCUGAGCAAGCCUGUUCGCAUAUUUCUACAUUUCAUCUUCUUAAAAUCGGAUUUUAAACUUAUUCAUACUGAUAACCUAAUGCCACAACCUUAAAAUAAGACCAAAAAGCUUAUUUUGUUCAUUAAGUUUUUACGACAUAGCCAUUAUUACUUUGUGGCUGUGUUAUCUAUUGGGAACCGCUAGCAAGCAAGCAAUACUCUGGCUAAAGGGUACUGCAAUUUUGUAUAAAAGUGGAUUGAUUAUACAAGUACUAGUUUGAAAAAUAUGCACUGGGCAUCAAAAUGAUCUCCCGAAUAGUUUUAAAAGAUAUGGUUCAGAGGUUAAAGAGUUUUACUCCUGAGUUCAUGCUCACGAGUGGGAUUGUUUCUGUCAUUAUAGUAUCAUUUGUUUUGUUUACUGUCACUACAUUUUUCGGUUUGUCAGAUGAUGUCUUCAGUCUUGGAACGACAGUUUUUGGCAAUGGUCAUGUGCACAAGCUCAUCACAUACUCCUUCCACCACAAGUCAGUGACCCAGCUACUCCUCAGUAUUGGGGUUCUGGGGCCCCUUUGUGGUGGCAUUGAGAAGAGUGUGGGCACUGUUCGGUUCCUCUUCAUGUUUCUCCUGCUCUCUAUCAGCACAGGGGUGUUGUACAGCAUACUGGGUAUGCUACUGUUUGGUGCAUCUGCCCAGAACCAGGUGGAGGGGUUCAUUCCAGUAUCCCUCUCCCUUAUGGGUAUGGCCACAGUGCACUCCCGUAUGGUUAAGGGCUUUCUUUUCGGGGUCACUGUACCCAUGUUAGCCCUGCCCUGGCUGUUUCUGUUCAUCAUAACACUUUUGGUCCCACACACUGUCUUCCUUUGCAAUGUCAUCGCCAUCAUCGUAGGGGGGAUCUAUGGAAAGGGCUGGCUCUCACUUCUGGACAUGUCCGAUGCCAGGGCAUCAGUGCUGGACAAGAAGAUGCCUUUCAGGCUGCUGAGGAACAUUGGUGUCCUGUAUGUCCCUGCAUCAAUAGAGGCGAGAAGGAAGACAGUCCACCCACCAAUCAUUCCAACCCCAGGCUCCUACCCAGUCCAAGCCUACGCUCCAGUGUCCUCUACAUCCAACCUACAGGCUACUGAGACCACACCAAAGACAUUUGAAGGCUGGGCCCACUCCUACUAUACACAGGGGAGCCCUGUUCAGCUCUCAGGUUAUUACGGACACAACCAUGGAUAUGGCAUCAAGGAUAGCUUUGGACCAAGUCACGGACAUGGUCACAAGCAUGGACACAGCUGCAGCCACAGCCAAGGUCAUGGACAUAGUCAUGAACACAGCUUUGGCCAUGGACUCAGUCAUGGGCAUGCAUCUGCCUCUCAAACCAGCAGUCACUGGGCUCCAGUGGCUCAACAUCCACAUUCUCAACAUUCCCACCUCAGUCCAAUGUCUGUGUCUGUCAGUGUCCCCCAGAGUUUCACAGCAAACAUGCCGGAGUCACUAACAGAAUCUGUGACGGUUCAUCCAGGAGCACCUGUGUCUUCACUGACAGAUUUAUGACUUCAAUCAGUAACACCAAAACUUGCUAUAGCUCGAUUGAAAUUCAAAGGCAAUGUUCUCAAAGAUUGGAAAUUACCUUUACAUUUCAAGUGCGCUAUUUUCAGCAAUCACAAUCCUUGUAAAAAUGUCAACUUAUGGUAUAACUAAUUUUUAAAAAAUUAAAUGAUGUCUGUGUGGUUAUAAGCCGCUAUAGCUCUGAACUUCGGCGAUACAGAUUUAAUCGAGCCCAUAGUUUUCAUUCAAUGUGUUUUCUGUCUCAUGUUAUACAUUGAGAUGUAAUAUGCUUGGACAAGUGGUUUGAGGCAGUACUGGAAGGUCCACUUUUUCUUCACGGAUGUUUUUGGUUUGAAUAUACAAGCAGGCUCUGAAUGUUCAAGGUCAAAUCAAUGCAAGAAAGCUUUGAUUGUCAGUUGAUUGUAUAAGACCUCCUUUUGGCUUGUAUGUUUUGUACUAUAUGUUUUUUACCCAUACAGUAGACAAAUCUCUUGGUAUUCUUGAUUUAUACAACCUAGAUUAAAACAAACAUUUUCAAAA